AUGAACCCUCGUUCCGUAAUCGGAAUAGACAUCGGCACAACCAAGUCUUGCGUGGCAGUUUUCAAAGAUGGAAUCGUUCAAGUCAUCCCAAAUAAACAAGGAAAUCGUACGACACCGUCGAUGGUGGCAUUCCAUAUGAAUGACGUGUUGGCUGGAGAGUUGGCAAAGUUGCAGAUAGACGAAAAUCCGGAGAACACUGUUGUUGGUCUCAACCGUCUCAUCGGACGUAAUAUCGACGACCCACUCCUCCAAGCAAACAUCAAAAACUACCCCUUCCGUAUCAUCAUUGAAGAAGAAAACACCCCAAAAAUUGAGGUGAAAUACAGAAAAGAAGUCAAACAGUACUCAACCGAAAAACUGAAUGCUCUGAUGAUAUUCAAGUUGAAAUCGAUGGCUGAGAGAUAUUUGGAUUCAGAAGUCAGCGAUGCAGUCAUCUCAGUUCCAUCUCACUUCAACAACUCGCAACGUCAAGCUGUAAUUGAUUCGAGUAAACAGGCUGGAUUGAAUGUUCUCCGUAUUGUGAAUGAUUCAACACUCGCUGCGAUUGCUUACGGUAGAAUUCAGAAGAUACUCCCAAUGGAGCAGAACAUUCUUGUCUAUGAUUUGGGAGGUGGCACUCUCAGUGUCGCUAUUCUCCACUUGGAUGAAAUCUACAAAGUCAAAGCGUCAUCUGGAAAUGUGGACUUGGGAGGAGAAGACUUUUUGGAUCGAAUUGUCAAACACUUUGUAGAGGAGAUCAAGAUUACUUACCACAAGGAUAUCACUCAGUGUCCAACAGCACUUCAACGUCUUCGGAAUGAAUGUGAAGCUGCGAAGAAAGCAUUGUCGAGUUAUUCUAAAAUCGGAGUUCAUAUCAAUCAGCUAUUCGAGGGAACUGAUUUCGAAUCGAUUGUUUCUAGAGAGCAGUUCGAGUUCUUGUGUGAGGAUCUGUUCCGGAAGACGUUGGACCCAGUUUUGGAAGUUUUGACACUCGCGAAGAUGUCUAUGAGGGAGAUCGAUGAAGUCAUCCUUGUCGGUGGAUCCACCCGCAUCCCGAAAAUCCAACAACUUCUCUCCGAAUUCUUCAAUGGAAAACCACUCAACAAAUCUCUCAACGGCGACGAAGCAAUCGCCCACGGAGCGGCUAUCCAUGCAGCAAUGUGCUCAGACCACAACCAAUUCAAGGAUCUUCUCGUUCUCGACGUCUCUUCACUCUCGGUUGGAGUUGAUAACGGAAAAGGGAUCAUGGAUCCAGUUAUCAGAAGAAGCACUGGGAUCCCAACUACUGUCUCCCGACGUUACGAAACUGUUCAGAGGGACCAGUCUGAAUUGAUUGUCCAAGUGUGGGAAGGAGGGGAUUUCCAAACAAAACAAAAUCAUCUUGUCGGAAAUUUCAAAAUAUCCGGAAUUCAGCCAUCUCCAGUUGGUACCAUCCUAAUUGAGACGUCGUUCAAUAUCGAUGUCAAUGGAAUUCUCACCAUCUCAGCUACGGAAUACCCGACUGGAAAUCAUCUAUGUGUGACUCGCAGCCAAGAACCUGUGCAGUUGAGUGCCAUGGCUGUGUCAAUUGAAAAUGAGAAAAUAAGAAGAAUUCGAAUGGAGCAGGAGAGGAAGAGAGCCGCCAAAAGAAGAGAGCAGUUCAAAAAACUUGCCACGGAUUUCAAGGAGCUGAUGAUAAGAGAGCCGAAAAUCAUAAUCAAAAAUUGCGACAAAAUGCUUCAAUGGCUCGAAGAGAAUCGAGAUUGCUCCGAAUCCGAAGUCAAGUACAAGUUCAAGGGAGCUCUGGGAUAUCUCGAUAGAAGAAUUGCGAAGUUUUCGAAGGCAGCUGGCACGGAUCGGUACUCUCAUGGGAAAUGA